UCGCCCACCCCCAUUGGGUGGGAGGAGCGUGCGCUGCACUGGGACGCGGGCACGAUCGCAGAAAGCAAGUCCCGUCAAAACCCUCCGGGUCCACCUCUUCAAUCAGAUCGCCUGUUCACCUGUAGUUUCACUCCCAGCCGUCUGGAUUAAAGCAGGAAGGGAGGAAAUCCAAGCCAAGCAGUUCAAUAUGAGCAGAGCCACUUGGAGGCAGCGCGCGAGGACCACCUAGACGCAUAUGGUUCAGGACAAAGAGGUUCGUCUUCCUUGGAAAUCACGAUGCAUCUCAUCGGAGUGGUCUUAAUUCUGCUCGUGACAGGCAUGGCAAAAGGUUGGGAAUGCAGCGCAGGUUGCAGCAGAGAAAAUGGGUUUUGUGAAAAYCCAGGGAAGUGCAGAUGCAAACCAGGGUGGCAAGGACAGGACUGUGACCAGUGCGUGCCCUUCCCUGGRUGUUUGCACGGCACAUGUGAGAAGGCAUGGCAGUGCAUCUGCAGAGAGGGCUGGAUGGGCAGCCUGUGCGACCGAGAUACUCGGCUGUGCUCGUCSAGGCCCUGUGCCAGCAAUGCCACCUGCAWAGAGACGGGAGAGGGGGGAUACCUGUGCGUGUGUCCCCAAGGCUUCGCUGGAGAAACCUGCCAACUGAGGCAGGGACUUUGCCUCACAAACGG